UACCGGAAGUAAUUUUUGACAAGCAGUCGACAAGCAAUUUUGACAGACUUUUAUUCCUCCCAUCAUCUAAAUGGAUGCAAAUGGCAGUUCUACUCAAGUAAGCUUUGUUUGUCAAAGAUGCCGACAGCCUCUGAAGCUUGAUUAUUCGUUUAACACUCUUGACCCACAGCUUAUCCAAGAGUUGACCACCCCCUUAGUUCAUAAGCAAGAUGCUGAUGAAACCAUAAACAUCUUCAAAGACACACAGCAUGAGAAUGAGAAAGAGACUGAAGCAAUAUCAAGAAGAACAAUUUCACCAAAUUUUCCUGUCUAUGAUGAAGAAGACACUGAUUUUUUACUGCUUGGAGAGACUGGACCAGAAUCACUUGGUGUUUUGGGACACAAAAUUAAAGUUUCUAGCAUACUUUUUGACAUUAUGUCUGGCCAAUCUGAGGUUGAUCAUCCUCUCUGUGAAGAAUGUACAGACACACUAUUAGACCAGCUUGAUCAUCAACUUAAAAUUACUGAAGAUGAAUGCAAAGAUUACAAGGAUUUCUUAGAAAAUUUGAAUACUAAACAAGAAAAUAUUGAUGACAAUGCUCUUGACGAUGAAUUGAAACAACUUAAAUCUGAAGAAGAAGCACUAAGACAGCAGCUUGAAGAUGUUGAAAUAGAAAGAAUUAAAAUUACUGAAAAGAUCGAAGAUGAGAAGAAAGUUUCAAAAACAUUGGACGACGAAGAAGAAAAGUAUUGGAAAGAGUACAAUGAAUAUAAACGUCAAGUUCUUUCUUUAGAAGAUGAACACAGAAGUGUAGAUAAUCAAUUGAAAUAUGCACAAAUGCAGCUAGAUAGACUGAAGAAAACAAAUGUCUUCAAUGCAACGUUUCAUAUAUGGCAUAGUGGACAUUUUGGAACAAUUAACAAUUUUAGACUGGGAAGGCUUCCUAGUGUACCUGUUGAAUGGCAUGAAAUUAAUGCAGCUUGGGGACAGACUGUCCUACUCUUACAUUCCUUGGCAAAGAAGAUGAACCUGACAUUUCAAAGAUACAGAUUAGUUCCAUAUGGAAAUCAUUCAUACAUAGAAUCCUUGACUGACAAAUCUAAAGAAUUGCCUUUGUACGGAUCAGGAGGAUUUAGAUUCUUCUGGGACUCAAAGUUUGAUCAAGCAAUGGUUGCUUUUCUUGAUUGUCUUCAGCAGUUUAAAGAAGAGGUAGAAAAGGGAGAUACAGGAUUUUGUCUUCCUUAUAGAAUGGAAAAAGGAAAAAUAGAAGACAAUAGCACAGGAACAUCCUAUUCAAUUAAAAUACAGUUUAAUUCGGAAGAGCAAUGGACAAAAGCCUUAAAAUUUAUGUUGACUAAUUUAAAGUGGGGGUUGGCAUGGGUUUCAUCACAGUUUGCUAGCAAGUGAAAAAAUGUUGUUAUAAUAUAUUAAUUGAAGUAAAAAAACAAAUCAUAUUUGAAGUGCAUGUUAUUUUAUUAUGUUUGUUAAAUGUAUAUCUUCAGUUUGUGCUAAUGUACAUGUAGCUUACCCUGGCUAUAAAAGGUGGGACCCAAAUCAUGCUUAACUUUUUAUAAAACACAAAUUAAAGACGAAAAAGGAG